AUGGCUACUACAGACGCAAAGCCGCGCAAGUCACUGAUCCUCAAUGCCUUUGUGGAAAUGUGCAGUGGCCAUCAAUCCCCAGGACUCUGGCGGCACCCCGAGGAUGAAUCCCAUCGGUUCAACGAUGUAGAACACUGGACGGAGCUGGCACAGCUCCUCGAAUCAGCCAAAUUCCACGGCAUUUUCAUUGCAGAUGUUCUAGGAGGAUACGAUGUCUACAAGGGACCACGCAAUCUCGAUCCGGCAGUCAUCUCGGGUGCGCAGUGGCCAGUCAAUGAACCAUUGGCGGUGGUCCCGGCCAUGGCGGCUGUCACGAAGAACAUUGGAUUUGGAGUGACGGUGACGACGACGUAUGAACAGCCAUAUCAUCUUGCUCGGCGGUUGUCGACGGUGGAUCAUUUGACCAAGGGACGUCUGGGAUGGAACGUUGUAACUGGAUAUCUCGAUUCCGCCGCGCGAAACAUGGGUCAAGCCGAACAGCCACACCACGAUGACCGCUACGCCGUAGCAGAAGAAUACAUCAAAGUAACCUACAAGCUCUGGGAAUCCUCCUGGCGUCAAGAUGCCGUGAUCCGCGAUCGCGAGCGAGGCAUCUACACAGACCCCAAGGGCGUGCGCCAAAUCAACCACCAAGGCAAAUACUUCACGGUGCCAGGCCCACAUCUCACGCAGCCCAGUCCGCAGCGGACGCCGGUCAUCCUCCAGGCGGGCACGUCUAAGGCCGGGAAGACCUUUGCUGCGCAGCAUGCCGAGGCCAUUUUUGUGGCGGGACACAGUCCAGCGGUGGUAGCAAAGAAUGUCAAGGAGAUUCGGGAGCUGGCGGCGAGUGAGUAUGGGAGGGAUCCGCAAAGUAUCAAGUUCCUUGCGUUGCUUUGUCCGGUUCUGGGCAGAACAGAGAGUGAGGCAAAGGACAAGUUCGAGUCUUAUCGUAGCCUGGGGUCGAUUGAUGGGGCUUUGGCGCUGUUUGGGGGGUGGACUGGGAUUGACUUGGAUAAGUAUGGGGAUGAUGAGGAGUUGAGGCAUGUGGAGAGUAAUGCCAUUCGCUCUGCGGUGGAGGGUUGGUCCAAGGCUACUCCAGAAGUUGCAAAAUGGACCAAAGCCACUGUUGGACAGCAUAUCACCGUCGGUGGCCUGGGUGCCACCCCCGUUGGCACCGCUGCUCAGGUUGCCGAUUAUAUGGAGCGCUGGGUGGAAGAAGCCGAUGUGGAUGGAUUCAACUUGGCAUAUGUUGUCAAACCUGGCUCAUUCAAAGAUAUCAUUGACCUUUUGAUACCCGAGUUGCGUCGACGAGGCCUCUUCUGGGAUGAUUAUGCAGUCCCCAAGGGAACCUAUCGGGAGAACUUGUACGCUCAGCCUGGUCAGUCUGGGCCGCGUGAGGACCAUCCGGCUUCGAAGUAUCGGUGGAAUGCUGGUGUUGAUGCGUCAGAUGCAGCGAUUCCCGAGAACUGA